CAUAGCCUUGACUUGGGUUUUGCUACAUAGGUGCUAUAACCUAUAUUUGACUUGAUAAUUUGGUCAUCAAUCAAUCAAUCAAUCUCCCUACCUCUAAAACCCUAGUUUGCUUCUCUUUUCAUUUACUCAACAUAAGCCAUUUCUAGCAAGACAAAUGGCUGCUGAGAGGGUCAUAACAUGCCUCUCCAUUUUGCUUCUAUUUGCUGCAUUGAUCUCCAUUGCACAAGCCACCAAAGAUGGGAUCCCAGAUUCAAACCAUAUGACAGUUCCAAUUAGAAAGGGAUUGUUGAAAGGUGGUGAUGAACAUGCUGCAAGUGUAACUGCUGCUAUAAACAAGAAAUGGCUAAGAGGGAGGAAAAUGGUGCAAAUGAAGAAGCUGAAUGAUGUGGAAAAUAUGAGUGGUGCCUUUGGACUUGGUGGGUCGACUUCAAAGUUAUCAAAGUGUGGGGAUAAUAAUAAUAAUAAUAAAGGGUGCGACCAAAUUACUGUGAAUUUGCCUGAUGAAGUGGAUGAACAUCAGUCAGGUUUUGUGGCUUUCAAUGCUGAUUAUCAUGCACCAAGGCACCACCCUCCUAAGAAUAACUAAUCAUGGAAAAUAUAUAUAUUAAUAGUUUUCUUUGAAUAAGGAAUGUUAGUUUUGAUGGGGAAUAUUCUGUUAAAAUACAGUUCUGGUUUUGCUUACAUCUAUGUAUGAAUGUUGUUAAAACAUAAAGUAUUUAUGCCUUCUUUUUCUAAUUAUA